UGCCUUUUUUGUCUGCAGUUUUUACGGGUUACGAAGCAGUAUCUGCCACAUGUUGCACGUCUUUGCCUCAUCAGCACGUUCCUGGAAGAUGGCAUCCGCAUGUGGUUUCAGUGGAGCGAACAGAGAGAUUACAUCGAAGCCACCUGGAGCUGUGGCUACUUCCUAGCCACCAUUUUCGUCCUUGUUAACUUGUUGGGGCAAUUGGGUGGUUGCAUCCUGGUCCUUAGUCGGAACUUUGUACAAUAUGCCUGCUUUGGCUUGUUUGGAAUAAUAGCAAUGCAGACUAUUGCAUACAGUAUCUUGUGGGACCUAAAGUUUUUAAUGAGGAACUUGGCUCUGGGUGGAGGGUUACUGCUUCUUCUGGCGGAGUCUCGAUCUGAAGGAAAAAGCAUGUUUGCAGGUGUGCCCACCAUGGGGGAGAGCUCUCCUAAGCAGUACAUGCAGCUAGGGGGCCGUGUACUGCUUGUCCUCAUGUUCAUGACCCUUCUCCACUUUGACGCAAGCUUCGUCUCUAUCCUACAGAACAUCGUUGGUACGGCUCUCAUCAUCCUGGUGGCCAUUGGCUUCAAGACAAAGUUGGCUGCUCUGACUUUGGUGGUGUGGCUCUUCGCCAUUAACGUCUACUUCAACGCCUUUUGGAACAUCCCUGCCUACAAGCCCAUGCAUGACUUCCUAAAAUACGAUUUCUUUCAGACCAUGUCGGUCAUCGGCGGACUGCUACUGGUGGUGGCCUUGGGGCCUGGUGGGGUGUCCAUGGACGAAAAGAAAAAGGAGUGGUAG